CGCGUGCCUGGUUGAUCGGUGUGACCGGAGCUUCCCUUCCGUUGACAGGCUGCUGUCACACAGCCACCAUGUUAUCCCAUUCCCGGUGUCUCACCAGGAAUUUCGGCCGUUCCCUCUCUGCCAUCCGCCAGGGGAAUAAUGUGUUAGCUCGUCGGGCAACUGCAGCUGUGUCAGCAAGCCAUGCUAUCAUUUUCAACAAAAAUGUAAAAUCUGACCCUCGGGCCAGUGUCUUCCAAAUCCAGUACUUCAGGACAUCUGUAGCCUACAGAGAUGAAGUCGUCACAGUUAAGACACCUGCGUUUGCAGAAUCUGUCACAGAGGGGGAUGUGAGGUGGGAGAAAGCUGUUGGGGACACUGUCUCAGAGGAUGAGGUGGUGUGUGAAAUUGAGACUGAUAAGACAUCAGUUCAGGUUCCCUCUCCUGCUGCUGGAGUGAUUGAGGAACUUUUGGUCCCUGAUGGCGGGAAAGUUGAAGGAGGAACUCCUCUCUUUAAGCUUCGAAAAGGAGCCGGUGCUCCCAAGGCUGCAGAAGCUCCAAAAGCUGAAGCUCCGGCGGCUGCAGCCCCUCCACCACCUUCUGCUGCUCCUUCCCCACCACCUCCUCCUGCCUCUGAUGUGGGCCCCAUCCCCACCACUAUGCCCCCUGUGCCACCUGUGCCAGCACAUGCUAUGGAGAGCAAACCAGUUUCUGCCAUCAAGCCCACUCCUGCUCCAGCUGCACCCGUGACCCCAGCAGAAGGAGUGGCUAAAGGAGCCAGGACAGAGAGCAGGGUUAAGAUGAACCGCAUGAGACUGAGAAUUGCCCAGAGACUGAAGGAAGCCCAAAACACCUGCGCAAUGUUGACUACGUUUAAUGAGGUCGACAUGAGCAACAUCACAGAGAUGAGGAAGACUUACAAAGAUGCCUUUCUGAAAAAGCAUAACAUCAAGUUGGGCUUCAUGUCUGCGUUUGUGAAGGCUGCUGCCUACGCUCUGGCUGACCAACCUGCUGUAAAUGCCGUAAUCGAUGACACAACCAAAGAGAUUGUGUACAGGGACUAUGUGGACAUCAGUGUGGCUGUGGCCACACCAAAGGGUCUGGUGGUGCCUGUAAUCCGAAAUGUAGAGGGAAUGAAUUUUGCCGGCAUUGAGAAGGCCAUCAAUUUGUUGGGGGAAAAGGCCCGUAAAAAUGAGCUGGCUGUUGAAGACAUGGAUGGAGGAACUUUCACUAUCAGUAACGGUGGUGUGUUUGGGUCUAUGUUCGGCACACCUAUAAUCAACCCUCCUCAGUCUGCUAUUUUAGGCAUGCAUGGCAUCUUUGACAGGCCUGUUGCUGUUGGCGGCAAGGUGGAGAUCCGUCCCAUGAUGUAUGUUGCCCUGACGUAUGAUCAUCGUCUUAUUGAUGGAAGAGAGGCCGUCACUUUCCUGCGCAAGAUUAAGGCGGUGGUGGAGGACCCCAGGGUGCUGCUCCUUGACAUGUGAACCCUAGUGAACUCCAGGCCCAACCAAACAAAUCACCCAACACAAACAGUGGCUGAACUCACCUGGUGAACAUUACAGUAACUGCAGUUGAUGUAUUGUUGUAUUGAUUAACUAGAAAAAGGAUUUUUGGGGAACAGUUGGGUCGUGCAAUGGACAUUUGUCAGGGUGGCAGUGGUCAUGGUAUCAUACUGUUGUGGAGGAGUGUUCUGGGCUAAGUGGUGCUGGUCUUUAGAUCAAAAAAAGAUAUUCUAUUACUUGUGCGCCAUAUGUUAUUUUCUACACACAACUGAAAAAAAUUCUACUUCUUUUGAGGUGAAUGUCACCUUUGGAUUAACUACAUUGUAUCAUUUAAAUAUUUUGGGUGAGAGAAGAACAAUGAGUACAUACCAGGCUUGAAACCAAGAAACACUAUGUUCUCAAAUGUCCAAAGUGGGGGGAAAAGUGUUAGAGAAUUUAUGCCAUCUGUUUCAUAAAAAUUGGGGAAAUUCUCCUUGAUGUGUAAGAAAGACUAUUUAAAAAGGAACUUUUAAAAAAUAAAAGCUGCAUACUGAACUGGA